UUUUAUUCAUUAUACAUAUUCUUAAAAAAAAAAGCUCUCAGCAAAGCCAAGUUAUUCCUCGUUAAUCUCUUCCACUGCACCAUUAUGUCGGGUCAGAUCUGUACCUUCUUCCAACAAGGAAGAUGUAAAUUUGGUGACCAAUGCCGAAACAUUCAUCAAACAGGAACACGAUUUGGAGGCGGUUUUACAAACAACAAUUCUUUUAGCGCCUUGAGCGGAAAUAGCGGUGGAGGCGGUUUUGGUAGUGGCGGUGGCGGUUUUGGACAACAGCAGAAAUUUGGUAGCGGUGGCGGAUUUGGUAACAACCGAAAUUCCGCUUUUGGGACCGCUGCCGGUGGUAAUGCCGCGGGAACAAAUACGGCAGGAACUAAAAAGAUUGCUUUCGAUGCAAAUACAAUCCUCAACGAUCUUAUGAAUGACAGGCCUAUACAUCAAUUUUCGUCUUAUGGUCCAGGAAAAGAGGAACCCAACUUGAUCCCUGGAAAGGAUUUGCAACCAGAGGAACUUCGGCUGAUGUACUACGAAGCUCAGAACCCAGCAUUACCGCCAGCGACAGGAGAUUACUCUGGUCUCAUGGCAGCUGCUACAGCAGCCGGAACAGGGCCGGCGGGGAUGCAGAAUGCAUUCAUGCAAAAGCUUCAACAAUUGACCGUGAGCAUGGAUCAAGAAAUCCAAAAGAUUGCCAAAGACCCACAAGGCGCCUACAAUUAUUUUAUGAAUAAUAUUCGGCCUAGUGGAGGCGGCACCUUGCCUUCCACUUCAACCUCAGUCUCAACCUCAGGAGCUGGAAAUAACGCAUUUGGAGCUGGCGCUGGCGCUGGAACCGGGACGUCCGUAUUUGGUCAGCCUUCAGCGUUUGGCCAAAAUUCUGCUUUUGGACAAACAUCAACAUUAGGACAAAAUUCGGCGUUUGGUCAGACAUCAACCUUGGGUCAAAAUUCAGCGUUUGGCCAGACAUCAACGUUAGGUCAAAAUUCGGCGUUUGGUCAACCCUCUGCAUUGGGACAAACCUCUGCCUUUGGUCAACCAUCGUCCUUGGGGCAGAGCUCUGUAUUUGGUCAAACAUCAACUCUGGGACAACAGAACUCUGCAUUCGGCCAGACAUCAACUUUGGGAGCAGGAACAGGGCAGAAUUCUUUUGCCGCGGCAGGAAACUUAAGCAGUGCAUUUGGCACUGGUGGGAAUAGCGGUGGAUUUGCAGGAGCGACAGGUCAGAGUGUCUUUGGUACAGGAGGAAAUGCGUUUGGAACACCCUCUGCACCACAGACUACAGCCAGUGGCUUUGGGACUGGAUCAGGAUUCGGUCAGCAGUCAGCCUUUGGAAACGGUGGAGCUGCACCAACAAGCAGCCCAUUUAGUGGAUCGGGUUCCUUGGGAGCUUCCCAACAACAACAGCAGCAGCAGCAGCAGCAACAGUCUCAAAAUGCUUUUAGCCAAGGAGGCAAUAGCGUGUUUGGAAAUUCUGGCAACUUUAAUGCAUUUGGACAGUCGGCACUAGGUCAAAGUCAAGGCCAAGGCCAAGGAGGGGCUUUUGGAGUAAACGCUGGCAAUUCCGGUUCUACAAAAAAGGAAAAAGAAUCAACAGUGAAUGAUAGCACACUCAAAAUGGUCCAGGCAACAGGGAUUAAAUUCUCUGUCAAGGGUGAACCAUUAACCCCAGAAGAAGUUGCUGCAUACAGGGCGCCAGCUUUUGAGCUUAAGUGCAUUCCAGAACAAGAGCCACCCGUCGAGCUGCGGUGAAAAUCGCUAUCAACAACUGUUUUAUUUUUAUUUUUGCUUCGCUUUCUCCAAAAUUCUGCAUAUUCUCUUUUUACACCAUUGUAUUGUACAUAUUAUCCCCCAAUAAAAGACAAAAA